AUUUCAAUUUGUAAUUGGAUGCCCCCGAAUGCGGAUAAAAUAGGAAAAAUGCAUCCCCUGGCUGUGUUUGGUUUAAUUUUAUUACUGAGAUGCUCCUUUAUCGAUGCAGCCCCCAGAAUCGUUGAAAGUGGCCCUAGAGUGGAUCCUCCCCUGACGCCAGCACCUACUCCGUACCCAACGCAUCCGAUGGAUGAUCCGGAAUGGAUUCCUCCGAUGGGUCCGGUCGAAGAGUUGGAUCAACAAUUCUGGAUCGAUAGUGGUCAACGAUUGUUGGGUGAUCAAAUCAGCGGAAAAAAUCACCUGAAUUUGAAUGUGGCUAAAAAUGUGAUCAUCUUCAUUGGUGAUGGAAUGUCUAUCACUACGCAGUCGGCUACUCGGGUCUACAUGGGAGGUGAAGCUAUGGAGCUGUCCUUCGAGAAGUUCCCUUACACCGGGUUGGCUAAGACAUAUUGCAUCAACUACCAAGUGUCGGACUCGGGCUGCACGGCUGCUGCCAUCUUGACCGGAGUCAAGAAUAACUACGGAACCAUCGCCGUCAGUGGCCAAGUUCCGCUCAUGAACUGUCAACGUAGCCUGGAACCGGAAAACCGCCUAACCUCAAUUUUGAAGUAUGCCCAGCAAGAUGGCCGCUCGACUGGAAUCGUCACGAAUACUCGAAUCACCCAUGCAACGCCGGCCGUGGCCUAUGCCGUAUCCGGGGCUCGUUAUUGGGAAGACGAUGAAGAGACUCCUUCGGGUUGUGUGGAUAUCGCUGCCCAAUUGAUUCACGGAGAAAUUGGACGGAACCUUACGGUAGCAUUAGGAGGCGGUUCCAGGCAUUUCUAUCCUACCGGGGUGCAAACAAUGGACGGAGGUUUCGGAAGACGACGAGAUAACAGAUUCCUGGUAAACGAGUGGUUAGCGAUGGGAAAUCUACGGGAGGAAAAUAGAAGUUUCGUGCACAAUCGUCAAACGUUGGAUCAGGUUGAUGAGAGCCAAGUCGAUCGGCUGUUCGGUCUGUUUUCGGCGAAUCACAUGAGCUACAGGAUGGAUAAUUCCGUUGAAGAACCGACCUUGGAGGAGAUGACUUCGAAAGCAUUGAAAAUGGUUUCCAAAAACGUCAGGGGAUAUGUACUGAUCAUUGAAGGUGGCCGAAUCGAUCACGCCCAUCACGACAACUUGGCACGGCUAGCCCUGGACGAAACGGUUGAGCUGCAUCGAGCCGUUCAAUACGUUGCCCGUCAAACCAAUGACCGGGACACUCUGAUUCUGGUCACGGCCGAUCAUUCUCACACAAUGACGAUGGGUGGAUAUCCGGUUCGAGGGAACAACAUCCUGGCUACCGGAGAUUUCUCCCGUCUGGACCGGAUGCCAUUCUUCACCCUCAGCUAUGCCAACGGAAUGAGUUACUUUGACCAUUACCCACCCACCGGAGGUCGAAACAAUCCAUUCCUGAUGGAUUCCCAAAGAGCUGAUUUCCGAUUUCCGGGUGCAGUUCCCUACGAGGACGAAACUCAUGGUGGCGAUGAUGUGGCCGUUUUCGCUCGGGGACCUCACGCUCAUCUAUUCAGUGGUCUAUACGAGCAACAUCUGAUAGGGCACCUCCUCUGGUAUGCAUCCUGUUUGGGACCGGAUGGAUUGAGACGUUCCGAGGCGUGCCUGGACCGGUUAACCGAUUCCGGAGGAUUGAUGCUCCAAACUCCCCCGGGAUGGAUCGUUUUACCGCUGGUUUUGGUUGUUGCUCAAGCAAAAGUUUUCCUCUGAAAAACUCUGCCAUCAAAAUAAAUCUCUCGCUUAACUAGUUUGUGGGAAUAAUUUACGGAAC